AUGUCGUGGAGGAAGACGGAUAGGUUGAUGGAUACCAUCAGGCAUUACGCCAGUUUCCCGGCAACUGGUGUGAGCUUGAGGCAGAUGGUCCAAUUUGGAGAGAAGCCUUCAGUUGGAACCCUCUUCCGUGCCUCACAAUUCCUUGCCGAGGAGCUACCAAUCCGCCUUGCCCAUCGUGUACAAGAGCUCGACGAACUUCCAGAUGGCCUCAACGACAUGCCCUCCGUGAAGCGAGUGCAGGACUGGUACGCACAGUCAUUCGAGGAACUCACACAACUUCCCCGACCUGACUUGGAUAAAUCAACAAAAGAAAGGCUCUUGAGGCCUGCCAAAUCGUACGGGAAAGGUCCAAUGCUCUCCGAGGCAACCCGAAACCCGAGUAUCGAGGAAGGCCAAUAUGCCUCUUUGCCGCAGUCCAAUGGAAACGGCUGGAGCAAGCAGAAGAACGUCGCCGCACGGAGAUAUUUUGCAAUGGUGGAUGAUGUCGGCGAUUGGCCGCCUGAGCUGCGUUUGUACAACGAGCGCUUCGCCAAAGCCCUGCAUGGCAUCAAGAGGCGCCACGACGGAGUUGUCACCACCAUGGCACAGGGCAUCCUGGAGUACAAGCGCAAAAGACAGCGCAUGCAGAUUGAUAACAACAUCCAGUCAUUCCUCGAUCGAUUUUACAUGUCGCGCAUAGGGAUCCGCAUGCUCAUCGGUCAGCACAUUGCCUUGACCGAUCAAAGCCACCACCGGGAUCCCACCUAUGUCGGCAUCAUCUGUACCAAGACCAAUGUUCAGGAUCUCGCGCAAGAAGCCAUUGAGAAUGCGCGCUUUGUCUGCGAGGACCAUUACGGACUUUUCGAAGCACCCAAGAUUCAACUCGUUUGCAACCCUAACCUGAACUUCAUGUACGUUCCAGGGCAUCUUUCGCAUAUGCUCUUUGAGACUUUGAAAAACUCUCUCCGCGCCGUUGUCGAAACACACGGUCAGGAUAAGCAGGAAUUCCCUGUGACCAAGGUCAUUGUGGCAGAGGGUAAGGAGGAUAUCACCAUCAAGAUCUCGGACGAGGGUGGUGGUAUUCCCCGAAGCUCUAUACCUCUCGUUUGGACAUAUAUGUACACCACUGUGGAUCGCACACCGAAUCUAGACCCGGACUUUGAUAAGAACGACUUCAAAGCGCCUAUGGCUGGCUUUGGGUAUGGAUUGCCUAUCUCACGACUUUACGCGCGAUACUUUGGCGGAGACUUGAAACUUAUCAGCAUGGAAGGGAACGCUCGAGGAUUGACGCUAGGGUUAAGGUAUACACUGCACAAGAGGCUUAAGGAUCGCGAGAUCACGGAGCGUCGGCAGGUUGGAGACGCUCAGGAGAUGAUGAAUCGGGGCGACACCGAUCCUGGGUAUUUCAAGCAAAACAACGACUUGUGA